UGCAGCAACAGCUUAGAGGGGGCUCAGGUUUCCGUGGCGUUGGCUAUAUUUAUCUCUGGUUCCAUGCCAGCGGGAAGGGUUUAAAUGGCACCCAGCAGUUGGCGUGAGGGGCUGCAGGAGCUUGGGGGCCAGUGGCAGGAACGAGCCUCUUCCGACCCCAUGGAGCUGUAUGAGACACCCCCCUACUUCUACCAGGAGCCCCACUUCUACGACGGGGAAAACUACCUGCCCGUCCACCUCCAGGGCUUCGAGCCGCCGGGCUACGAGCGGACUGAGCUCAGCCUGAGCCCUGAGCCGGUACCCAGUGAAUGCAGCUCCCACAGCGCCUCCUGCAGUCCAGAGUGGGGCAGCGCCCUGGAGUUCGGCCCCAACCCAGGGGACCAUCUGCUCCCAGCGGACCCUGCGGACGCCCACAACCUGCACUCGCUCACCUCCAUCGUGGACAGCAUCACCAUGGAGGAUGUCUCUGUGGCCUUCCCGGAGGAAACCCUGCCCAACUGAGGGGGUCUGCGGCAGGCGGCCAGGGGCCCACAGGCUGGCCACAGAUGCCGCCACUGGGGCACGGAGGCCGCCGAAGCCAGGCUGUCCUGAUGCCAGGAGGCCAGCCUGCCCCUCUCCUCGCCUGUCGAAGGUUCAGCCACCACCCAGAGAGGGAGUGGGCGCUCUCACUUGGCUGACUGCUCAGAACUCCCAGGGCCAUCCGGGUCCAGGGAGACAGAGCAGGGGACCAGAGCGCCCGCGGGUGCCUCGCUCAGGGGCAAACUCAGGAGCUUCCCUUCGCGUAUAACUCAGCCUUUGGCUCCACCCCUCCCCCCAAGGCCAGUCUGAGCGACAGUGUCCUGACCCGGACACACGUGCACCUCCGUCUGCUGCUCCUGAGGCAGCGGCUGGGCUGGGCCUGCCCUGACUCAGGAGCAGGAAGAGGUGCCCUGUCCCCAAGUCCCCGGGGGCCAAGCUUCUGCCGUGAACACUGGGAAACCCCAGGUUUUAUGUUGUUUGUUUUGUGUGUUGUUUGUGAAGCUGCCAUCUGACCAAGGUGUCCUGUGCAAAGUUGCCAGGUACGGGAUGGGGGGCGGGGCUCUUGGGGUGACUUCCUUUGAUAACUAAGCAUUGUGUGGUUUUGCUAUUGUUUUGUAAUUUUUUUUGCUAACUUAUUUGGAUUUCCUUUUUUAAAAAAUGAAUAAACACUGGUUGCUACAUGUCCGUGAUGAUGUAGACAGAGGGGUGCCUGCCGCUCCUGCGUCCUUCAGUCCAGACACGCCCAGGAUCGGGCGUGAGAUCCCAUUGCUGGUGGUCACC